UGUGACAGUGAAGUAAAUUAUAUUGUGUGUGUUAUUUUUAGGGUUUACGGUUUACAUUUUAAAUAUGAUUUUAAAAGAAAAUGAACAUAUUCUUUCUAAACGGCUAAAUAAAGUAUUAGAAACUGUAUUUCAGGAUGAUCAAGGAACCUUGGAGGCACUGAAACAACUGUCGACAUUUUAUCCAGAAAAUACGAUACAAGCUCGGAGAGAUUUACGAAGUAAAAUAGAAAAAAGAAGUUUAGAUAUAAAUGUAAAUCUCUUGUCAUCAUUUUCGAUAGUGAAAGACUCGUUUACCUCAAUAUAUAACCAGAUUGCGGAAAUGAGUAAUUGUGUCAAAGAAAUAACUUGUAAAUUACAAAACUCCAAACAGCAGACUAGGUUGCUAUUACAAGAAACGAGUGCAUUACAGAGUGGAAGGAACAAAAUGAUUAUACAACAAAAAAUUUCAUCUUCUUUUUUGAACAAAUUUCAACUCUCAUCUGAUGAUUUAUUAAUUUUGUAUGGAAACAAAAAAAGCCUUUCUUUAACACAUGCUACUUUUUCUGCAUUGGAUAAAAUUCAAGAGAUACAUAACAAUUCGAGAAUACUUAUGCGAUCUGGUCUUCAAACAAUGGCUUUGGAUACAAUGGAGCAAAUGAUUUUACACCAAGAAGAAGCUUUAGAAAAGGUAUAUAGGUGGACACAAAGUCACUGCAGAUAUGUAGAUAAUCCGGAACUAACAGAACUAAUUGCAAAUUCAAUGUUAAGGAUGCAGGAUAGACUUCCAUUAUUUAGAUAUGUUAUUGAUGAAUAUUGCAUAUGCAGGCGAAGUAUUUUGGUUAGUGAAUUUAUAAACGCCUUGAAUAAAGGUGGACCUUCUGGCAAACCAGCUCCUAUUGAAAUGAAAGCACAUGAUAUCCAAAUUUAUGUGACUGAUAUGUUUGUCUGGUUAAAUAAGGCAAUUUCAGUCGAACAAGAAAAUCUGUUGCUUUUAACAAAAUUGUGUAAAAAUAUUGGUAAUAGUUUUAUACAGGAUGCACUGAUUAGAAUAUGUGAUGGAAUUUGUCACCCACUUAAAAUAAGAAUCGAGAAAGUAUUAAAUGUACCAACUCCAGCUACAGUUUUACAUUCGGUAGUAAAUUUAUUGAGAUACUAUAAGAAAUGCAUUUGUAAGAUUGUAUCAAAAGGAUCAUUAGAGAAAACAUUGCUCGACCUUCAAAACCUAUGUGAGCAAGUAUUUUUUACAACAUUACAACAGGAGGUCAACAAUGCUCUUAUUAAAGUAGAAACACCCCUCAGAGAUUUGUCUCCUACUCCAGUAGUAAAUAAUUUACUAGCUCUUUUAAGAGACUUAUUAUCUACAGCUAAUAUGAGUGAAGGCCGAGAAAAUGAUAUGAAAAAGAUUACCCCGUAUGUAAUAGAACCUCUUUUGAGAUCUGUUAAUGAACAAGCAUCUCGCUUACCUGCCUUGGAUAUGUCAAUAUAUAUGUUAAAUUGUAUAUAUGAUAUUCAGAUAUGUUUAUCUUUGUUUGAGUACAUGGAUGAUUUUUUUGAGCGACUUCAAGCACAAGCAGAUGCUCAAAUCGAUAAUCUAACAUCAGAACAAGCUAGUUCUUUAGUUGCUCAUUUAAAUAUUGGUCCAAUAUAUACCAUUCUGCAAGAUUUGCGAAAAGAACCUCUAUCAGCUAUCCCUGGAAUGGAACCUAAGACUCUCCAACAAUUUUUUGUAAAAUUGGAACAUCUCAUCACAUCACCUGAGUUCAUAUUAUUACCACAAUUUAAUUUACUGUUAUCGUCUAAAUAUAAAGAAGUUGUUGAAAAGAGAUCACGUGAAGUUCUAUUGGCAAUAUACACACAACUUUAUGAAGCCAUAAAUAAUCCUCAGAACGAGUAUGAGAAUCCAUACUCAAUGUUUAGUAAAACUCCAGAUGAAUUGAAGGAAAUGCUGUUAUAAAUAUUUGUUUAUAUAUUGCUAUGUAAUUAAUUUUUAUUGGUGUAUUAUAUGGUGUUAUAUGUAUAUCGUCCUCGGAUAGCUCAGAAUAACAACAGGAACAAUCACUUCACCUUCAAUGCUUAUAUGUGAGCGCCAGCCAGUCUCAUAGAAAGUUUCGAGAUUUCGAACUUCUCUCAGCUAAGACAACCAUUCUCAAAAUACUAACUUUGGGGAGUUAAGAAAAUUUUAACUAAUUUAUGAGAAUAAAAAAAUUUUAUUCAGCGGUUAAAAAUACAAUGAAGGUACAAUUUGUCCUGUAUUUUCUAUAGCAUGGAAAUCUCUGUCCACAGGGGCCGUUCAAGUAAGAAGCACUGCCUUGAUUUAUAAUUUAAUUAACUAGUUGACUUUUAUUUUAUUUUAAUAUUUAAUGUUGAUUAUGCCAAAUUAAAGAGAUAAUAAUUAAAAUUCACAACUUGAUCUUCAAAACAAUUCUUUCUGUUUAAUUAAAUUGAUUUUCUUUUCAACAUAAAAUCCCUUAUAACUCUACCUACGUAGCCUGCGCCAAGUUAUUAACUACUUAUAAAUAAAUGAUAAGAAAUGGAAGUUCACAUAAAUAAAUGAAACAGUUUUUAAAAGAAUAAUCCGUA